AUGAAGGUCUCCUCCACCUUGCUUUCGGCUCUUGGUGCCACAGCAGCAGCAGUCGCAGCCGCUCCUCUGGAGAAGCGAUCGGGAUUCCAAUUCGGUGGUGUCAACCUUGCUGGAUGUGACUUUGGCAUGACCACUUAUGGCUACAGUGGCGUCACGUGGUGUCCGACCACCUCGCAGAUCUCCCACUUUACCAACCAGGGUGCCAACCUGAUCCGUCUUCCUGUCGGCUGGCAGUACCUCGUGGGCAGCAAUGUCGCCUCAACUUCGUUGGACCAAACCUACCUGGCGACAUAUGACGCCCUCGUUCAGGGUGUUCUCAACACGGGAGCGUACGCCAUCAUCGACAUCCACAACUAUGCGCGUUGGAACGGCGGUGUUGUCGGUACUGAUGUCUCGGGCCAGUACUUUGCCAACCUCUGGUCUCUCCUUGCUGCCAAAUACAAGAACAACUCGAGGGUGAUCUUUGCUCUCAUGAACGAGCCCCACGACAUCUCGGGUACACAGUGGACCAACUGGGUGGCCGCCUGCCAGCUUGCCGUGAACGCCAUCCGUGCCGCCGGCGCCACCUCACAGUACAUUGUGCUUCCCGGAAACUUCUGGACCCACCCUGAGACCUGGACCGCUGGCGAGAACAACGACAUGCUCGCCAUCACGGACCCGGCCACGAGCGACAAGUCGCUCCUUUUGCUUGACGCACACAAGUACUUUGACUCGGACGGCUCGGGAAGCUCCACCACUUGCACCACCAACGCCGUCAGCGUGUUUGAGGCCUUUGUCAGCUUCCUCCGCACCAACGGCCGCAGGGCGCUCCUCACCGAGUUUGGAGGUGGAAACAACGCCGGCUGCGCGACCUACGUCUCCCAGGCUCUCAGCUACUUGUCCGCCAACUCGGAUGUCGUCCUCGGUUUCACCGCUUGGUCUGCUGGUGCAUUCGACACCACCUACGAGCUCAGUCUUGUCCCGAACAGCGAUGGCUCUGACCAGUACCUCUGGACCAACGCUAUCCAGGCCUACCUCCCUGGAAACAGUCCCCAAACUAGCUCGUCAACAACCCCCGUUCCGUCUACGUCCGCGACCUCGGCAACCUCGGCAACCUCGGCAACUUCGACCACCUCGACGACGACGAAGACGACGUCCUCGGCACCCGCGACUUCGACCACGGCCUCGUCUUGCACUGUUUCCAAGUGGGGUCAGUGUGGCGGUUUGUCCUACUCGGGGUGCACCGUCUGUACGUCUGGUUCCACCUGCACUUUCCAGAAUGACUGGUACUCGCAAUGCCUCUAA